GUAGUUUAUUAUAUACAACCGUACUGAUCGUACAGUCUGUGAUAUACGUUUGUCUCAUAUUAAAGCUAACCAUAAGUAUGCUAUAUACAGAUGCUUACCAGCGGACAGGAAUCUAAGACACAAAAUAAUGACGUGGAUCAUCGGCGAUCAUCGCGAAACGUUCUUUGUUCGCAGCUCUGGAUUUAUAGAGAAAUAUGUCGACGCAAGAUACAGAACUGCCAGAUCGUUUCGUGACUCAGGAUGUCGAGAUCAUGCCGAACGAGACCCAAAACAAUCGUACAGAUAUAUUGGAGUGUCUGUCAGUUUUGAUCAAUGAAAAUAACAGCGAGAAUGGCGAUAAAGAGGAACUAACGUUGAAUGAACAAUUGUUAGCAGGUGGCACGACUCUAACAGCUAUAACAUUGCCAGAUGGGACACAAGCAUUUGUUGCUAAUAACUUUAACGAUGCUGAUGAUUUAAAGAGACAAGGAACGGUAGAAUUAGAAAGUGGAGAUACGAUAUUCGUGAGAGAUGUAGCAGACUUCGCUGAAGGCAAACCACUGCACUUGGAACUAGAAGGAGGAAUGCUAGUACAAACUCGUGGUACCACCGUGGAAAAUGUUGAAUUUAUCGAUGGCGAUGCUUACAUGGUGGCCGGCCAGUUCGACGUUAGCAAAGAUUUAUGGGAGAUGGAAAAUGGCAAACUGAAGAAGAAGGACUCUGCGAUCUUAUUAAAUAAACUCUCUACAUCGAGAAUCAGGCAUCCCUGUCCAAGAGAAGGCUGUUCAAAGGUUUACAGCACGCCUCAUCAUCUCAAGGUUCACGAGCGAUCGCAUACCGGCCAACGGCCAUACAGAUGCACGCACCCUAAAUGUAAAAAGAGCUUCUCGACGGGAUACAGCUUGAAAGCGCACCUGCGUACACAUACGGGAGAAAAACCAUACAAAUGUCCAAAUGAAACUUGUGAUAAAGGUUUCAAGACAUCCGGAGAUUUACUGAAACACGUCCGAACGCAUACGGGAGAACGUCCCUUCGUAUGUCCGUUCGAUGGCUGCGGUCGUUCCUUCACUACGAGCAACAUCAGGAAGGUUCACGUUAGAACGCACACUGGCGAACGGCCAUACAAAUGUAUGCAACCUAAGUGCGGCAAAGCUUUCGCGAGCGCGACGAAUUACAAGAAUCACAUACGAAUACAUUCAGGCGAGAAACCGUAUGUCUGUUCCAUCGAGAAUUGCGGAAGGAGAUUCACGGAAUAUUCUAGUCUUUACAAGCAUCAUCUUGUUCACACGCAACAACGUCCGUUUGAAUGCAAAGUUUGCUCGAGGAGAUACAGGCAGAGCAGUACUCUCGUGAUGCACAAAAGAACUGCUCACGCGUUAGUCGACAACGACGAUGACAACGUCGAUGUUCUGUGCCAAGAGCCUACUCAAGAGUCGUCUAAUCGAUCUAAAGACAGGCGGAAAAUGAGUAUUAUGCGCGAUAAUGCUAGUCCUUCGUUAAAGAUUAUGGAAAAAGACGGCCAGAUUCAGAUUUCGAAAGCGAUCGACGAUUUGAACGAUAACGAAACACAGAUUCUACUGGUCGGCGAUCCUUCCCAAAUAGCUGCGUUACAGAAAAUCGAGUUGAACGGGGAAUUCGACGAGCCUGAAAUGGACGCUUCGUUCGAAGGACUAAAUAUAAAGAUCGAAGACAUAGGACUUGGCUGGAACUGAUGACUUUUAAUCAUGGGAUUCAACUAUACUAUAGGCCUAUCAGACACUGAAAAGCGUUUCUCAGUUACUCGUUACUUAGGACAAGAAUGUAUCAUCGCCAGAAUAUAAAUAAACUAGAUUGAAAUUUUUUAAUUCUAAA